CCUCAGACGUGGCCUCCGUCUUGCCCCUGCGUUCAGCCGUCGUGGCUGUGUUUAGUAUAUGUUGAUUAUUUAUUUAUUUAUUUUCCUGUUGGUUUGCCUCAUACUUUUGUGAAGUAACCUUUUUUUUUUUAGCAGUGCUCAGUGGCAAGGAGUUGCGUAGCUUAACUGCGUUAUGGAAAGAGCCCUCUCCUGGUUGCCCGGAGCAAAGCCCCUGGCAGAGUCACUCCAUUCCCCCUCAUCUUUGCAUCAGAAGGAGCAGCUGGCUCCCUCUCCGCCUUUUUGUUUUUCUCACGAUUGUACAGAUCUCUGCCCCUUUUCACUCAGCUGCCCUCCAGGAUGCUUUCCGGUCUUCAGAGGUUGAGGUAGUUUAAGUGGGAGCUUGUACAUCAUGGGUAAUAAGCAGUUAAGCUGUCUCAUUCCUUAGCUCUUCCAGAAUUCUUGUGUGAACGUUUGAUUGUCAUCAAGAACUUGUCAGAGCCAGGUGAUGAUCUUGUUUUGUCCCUCUGUUCCAGAUCUUUUACUGAUGCUUAUUCCUUCUGAGAUUUGUUAAAACACCGUCUCUAAGGAAUCACUAAAUUCUUGGCUUAUGAAGUGCCAUUUGGGCUUGUAUUAAUAUUUCUAAAGCUGUGUGUGCGUACAGCAGUGGGAAGGCAUGCAUGCAGCUGCAGAAAUUGGUGGAUGAAAAUACGGAUGCUCUUCAUCAUUUGAAAAAAGCUGAUGAGCCUGCGCCUGUGGGGAAUUAUACUCAGAGGAAAGAAGAAGAGGAAAAGCUAUUGCUAAAGCUGUCUCAACAGCUGCAGAAACUUGGUCGUGUCUUGGAUCAGGAUAACACAGCUGCAAAUGACACAGUGAAUGAGGGACAUCAUAAAGAUCCUCAAACAGAAGAUGAAGGCAAAGAAGAGGAUGAGAGUGAUGAUGAUGAUGGAGAAAGUAGUGAGGAAGAAGACAGUGAAGAAACAGAUGAUGAGGAUAAACUAUUGGAUGAUCCCAGCGUUAAAGAAUGUGUUGCAGUUGGAAACUUUAAUGCGCAGCAGGAGGGUGAUCUCACGUUUAAGAAAGGUGAAGUCCUGCUUAUACAUGAUAAGAAGGCGGAUGGCUGGUGGCUAGCUGAAAACUCAAAAGGGGAGAGAGGCCUCGUGCCUAAAACCUAUCUUGCGGUCCAUAAUGGAGAUGGAGAAAGCCAAGAGGAAAGUGAUGAACACAUAGAAGUGGUGGAUGAAACAGCAGAUGGAACUGAAAUUAAAAAAAGAACAGAUUCUCACUGGAGUGCUGUGAGAAAAGCUAUCACAGAGAAUGACACAGUAGAGAUACUGGCAACUAUGGGAGCAGUUCCUGCAGGAUUUCGUCUCUCCACGCUUUUCCAGCUCUUAGAAGAAGGCAAUCAGUUUAGAGCAAGUUACUUCUUACAGCCGAAACUUACUCCAUCCCAGCUGGCUUUUAAAGACUUGGUGUGGGACUCCGAAAAAAAUACUAUCCAGCCUAGACCAACUCGAGUAUCCCUGAUUGUGACUUUAUGUAGCUGCAAAAUGAUUCCUCUCCCAGCAGGCAGCAUACAGGUUCUCAGUAGACAUGUCCGACUCUGCCUAUUUGAUGGCAAUCGGGUACUGAGUAACAUUCAUACAGUGAGAGCCACAUGGCAACCUAAAAAUCCCCAAACGUGGACCUUUUCUCCAAGGGUAACAGGCAUUUUACCCAGCUUGCUGGAUGGUGACUGUUUUGUCAGGUCUAAUUCUCCAUCUUCAGACAUUGGUUUCCUAUUUGAACUUGGCAUCACUUAUAUUCGCAAUUCAACAGGUGAACGAGGAGAGCUAAGCUGUGGCUGGGCAUUUCAGAAGCUCUUUACUUCUGAUGGAAUGCCUGUUCCUUCCAAGAUGUAUGAGCUGCCAUUAAAUGGUGGUACUCCCUAUGAGAGAGGUGUUGAGGUAGACCCAUCAAUAUCAAGAAGAGCAGGCAGUGGUGUUCUUCAACAGCUUAUAACACUCAAGAAGCAGCCUGUGCUUCUAGUAAAACUGAGGUCAUUAAGCACGCAGUCAAAAGACAUCCUGAAUUUGCUACCAGAAACAUUAAUUGGCAGUAUGUGCUACAUCCAUCUCUUGAUAUUUUAUCGACAAAUACUUGGUGAUGCACUCCUGAAAGACAGAAUGAACAUGCAAAGUGCAGAUUUAAUCUGUAAUCCUAUUUUAGCAACGUUCCCUCAACUCAUGGAUCAGCCAGACCUGAUGGACGCACUGCGGAGUGCUUGGGCAGAUAGAGAAAGAAAUCUGAAGAGAUCAGAUAAGAGAGAUCGAGAAUUUCUGAAGUCUCUGUUUGUCCUGGUGUACCACGACUCUGUCUUCCCUCUCCUCCAGUCCACUUUCCUCCCCAGCUACAAGUGGGCCGAGGAGGAAUCUGAAGCCUCUCGCUGGAGGGUGAUCGCUGACUUCUUGAGAAAGAGCCGAGAGAAUGAUGGUGCACUCCAGUCCCUGCUGUCAUCAGAAAAUACCCACAAAGCCUUUGAUAUCUCAGAGCUGGCCUAUGAUUUCGUAGGAGAAACGAGGAAAAACAAUCCCGUAGCAUGAAUGGAUUAUGGGGUAACAAUAUAGAUGAAUUCCUACCAAAGGAAAA